CCGUGCUUUUUAUGUAACGAACGGGCGUCUAUGAGAAAGUCCGUUCACUACACUGUCAUGGACCGCGGCAGCUAUAGAAAUGUACAGACGGGUUAACAGAAGAAAACCCAAAUAUACAUAACAUUUAUUUCUUUGUUUUGUUUGUUUGGACGCCACAAUGUCGCUCCAACCGCAAGUGGGGGACGCCGCGGAGGAGAGAAGCGCCUUCUUCAUCGGCGCCGCUGACUCGGACGACGUCUCGGCAGAGGAGGACCACCAUCAACUUAUACUACAGAAAGCCAACGCGCUAGCGUCUGAAAACUGCCUCAAAGAAGCCAUUGACUGGUUUUCAGUGGCUAUGCGGUAUGGCCCUGUGCGACCCGAACAACUGAGCACUUUAGCGGACUGUAUCCUCCGCAACUUUAAGAGGAAAGCGGCCGCGCAAGAAGCACUCUCGGACCAGAGUCCGGACAGCUGCGGGGACGACGUGUUUGACUGCCCCAACUGUCACAGCUUCCUGGGUGAAGCUGUGACCAUAGCCUGUGGACACUCGUACUGUAGAAGGUGUUUACAACGACGGCUGCUCUCCAAAUGUAAGCUGUGCAAUGAAGCCGUGAAGGGAGAGCAGAAAGCCAAUGUUAUUCUCUGCGGACUUUUAGAUAAAUGGUUUCCCGAGGAGCGGAAAAAGUCGAAAACACUAUGUGAAGUGGACGAGCUGUGUAAGCGCAAACGCUACCAAGAAGCUGUGUCGUUAGCCACCGAUGUUAUCCACAGUGAUCCAGAGAUGACUGCGGUGGUGCGACUGUCCCGAGCGGAGGCGUACAUGGCUCUCAAACAGUACCGCCUGGCUUUGGAGGACACAGAAUUUUGUCCCAGGUCCAGCUGUUCUGCCGAAGCUUUGUUUAGCAAAGCUAUGGUGCUGCAUGAGAUGGGCCAGGUGGAUGAGUCUCUCCAAGUCUUCCUCCACUGCCUGACUGUGGACGAGGACUUCCCCUGUGCUAAAAGACAAGUGGAAAAGAUCCUGUGUGACCUGCUCUCCCCAGCUGAUGAGAAUGUGAAAGUUGGCCUGAGGGAAACAACACAGAACGCAUCGCCUCAUUUGCGCAGCAAAACCCUCGUGGCCAACACCCAGGCUCAACCACAGAGUCCAGUCCAAAGACAACACCAGCACCAGGUCCGCGCUGCCUCUGCACACCACCAUCUGGACAACCAGGAGAAACGCUGGGAGAGUCUGGAGCGGCCUGGUCUGAGUCGAGCUCACUCACUUAGAAUGCACGGCGCCAACUGUGGUGAAGAGGGUCUGAAGAGAGUUUGCUCUGCUCCUCAGCUGGGAGACCAGGAAAAGGGGAGCCUGCUGAAGAGGAAGUUGUCAGUGUCGGAAGCAGAACGCUGUGUUGUGGACAGUGGAAGUAGCAAACACAAAAAACAAGGUGUUGUGAAAGACUCUAAACAGCGACUCACCAAAGCUAAAACCUGCAGAAGUGUUGCUAAUGAUCUGCUGGACCCCAAUGACUUAGAGUGCUCUCUCUGCAUGAGGUUGUUCUAUGAGCCUGUGACUACACCAUGUGGCCACAGCUUCUGCAAAAACUGUCUGGAACGUUGCUUGGACCACACACCCCAGUGUCCCCUCUGUAAAGAGAGUUUGAAAGAGUAUCUAGCAUGUAGGAAGUACGUGGUGACAACUGUCUUGGACACACUGAUCAAACAGUAUUUAAGUCAGGAGUAUGCAGAGAGGACUAAAACUCAUCUGGAGGAGACCAGAGAGCUUUCUGACCUGACGAAGAAUGUGCCUAUCUUUGUGUGCACCAUGGCUUACCCCACCGUGCCUUGCCCCCUGCAUGUCUUCGAGCCACGUUACCGCCUCAUGAUUCGCCGCUGCAUGGACACAGGCACGCGGCAGUUUGGGAUGUGUAUUAAUGAUCCUCAGAAAGGGUUUGUAGAUUAUGGCUGCAUGCUGAUUAUUAGGAGCGUCCAUUUCCUCCCUGACGGACGAUCAGUUGUGGACACUAUCGGAGGAAAACGCUUCCGGGUCCUGUCCCGAGGAAUGAAGGAUGGCUACAGCACUGCUGACAUUGAACACUUGGAGGAUACAAGAGUGGAGGACAGUGAAGAGCUAGAGAGACUACAAGAGCUGCAUGAUGCAGUGUACGAACAGGCCCGCGUCUGGUUCCAGAACCUCAAGAUCCGCUUUCACAAUCAGAUCCUGCAGCACUUUGGACCCAUGCCAGAACGAGAAGCUGACAUCCAGGCAACUCCCAAUGGUCCAGCUUGCUGCUGGUGGCUGCUGGCUGUCCUGCCUAUUGACCCUCGGUACCAGCUCUCUGUCCUCUCCAUGACUAGCCUCAAAGAGCGCCUGGAGAAGAUCCAGCACAUCCUCACAUAUCUGCAAAGCAUCCCCAACAACUAGAGCUUCCUCUUCUCCCCACCAGAAACAUCCUUUUUGACUAUUAAACAAUACUCAAGCAACCUUCUAUCAACAUCUCACCAACUUCUACAACUUCUACAGCUUCUACAGCUAUAAGAGCCUCAUUUUACCCAUUUGUAUUAAGCUGACACAAGAUCAGAGCAAAGCUGAAAAAUCCUUGAACUGUGGAUCAGUGAAAACCAGAGAUAUGGCCAAACUGCCUCAGGGAUACUUCCAAGGACGCACACCAUUUGUUCAUGAUUGUCAAAAAUUAUUUAAAAAAUAAGACAUAUAUGACCGCAACUAUUCUCAUCUGCUCUCGCUCUUAAUGCUGUUGGUUUUCAAAAGAACUUCCUGAAGGACCUUGUUGAAAUGACAAGAGCACAUACUACUCUGCUGGAUAUUUUGUGAUGCUGUUGAAGACAGCAACAGAGAGUAGUACCUCCUUAAGCAUUUAAGGACCUGAGGAGUAUGUUAUGGUUUGCGUUGAGUCUUCUUUGGUGAAACCAGUAUAAAAUAAGUUUUUGGUUUGUCUCUUGGCUGUAAGAGGUCAUUCUGUGGAACAAAAAUCCUAAAUGCUGAAAGUCCAAAAAGUGAGAAAGUAAGAUGUGAUCUAAUGUGGUUCAGAGGAACCAAUGAGAACUUUCAACUUGCACAACCAAGUGCAACUAAAUAACUUCAACACAUAAUGAAAGUAUUAAUCGAUCUCUUCCGGGCAUCAAAUCUUCUUAAUCACUGCUCCCACAUGCUUGCCAUGCAUGACUUCCAUCGCUGCCUCUUAACUAGUGGCGCAGGACUUUCCUGUCGACUCUCUGUUUCUUCCAUCAUUUUUCACUUUAAGUUUCAUGCAGAGAUGUGCCUCCUUGCAGAGGCUCUGAAAUCCCAUUUCAAUCCGAUGCUUUUUAAAUGCUUUCCUUCCUCUCACAGUAAACCCUAAGUCAUAAGCCCUAUCUCCUUUUGUUUGUCACGGACCUUUGGAGAUCCUGCUUGAGUGUGAGGAUUUGAAAUGAAAGUGUUAAAGAGUUCAGUGGUUCUGUUCUUGUAUUAUUUGUCUCUCCUCAAAACCAAAAUAUUCAGCUUCCUAUUGAAUUAACUUAAAAAGAAUUAAUUUAUAUGUUAAAAUAUAUUGUACAUUCUGACCGUGUGUUUGUAUGAGAAAUUCUCUGGGGGUCUUGCAAUAUUAUGACAAAUCAAAACAAGAGAAAAACAGCAUGUAUACCACCAAUGGGUUAACAUUAUUCUUCAUUCAAAGCUGCUCCGUCUGCUUGGAAGAGAGAGAGUACCUGCAGUGCUUCAGUCAGGGGACUGCGUUUGCCUUACACCAUUUUGCAUUGUGAUUUGACUAACACAGUGCGUUGGCUUGGUUACCAUUCCUUUUUGCCAUGGUAUGAAGUAUGUUUUAAUUGUAUUUUUUUCCCUUCUGAGUUAGUCUGAGGCACCAUGUGUUCACAAUGUGUACAAAAAAAAUGAAAAAAAAAUUCAAGUCAAGGUUGUUGUAUGUAAAUCAUUUGUAAAAAGGCUUUUUGAACAGAUCUUGCUUUUUGCUCAGAUGUUUUAAGUUAUCAAUUUUCAAUAAUAAAUGCACCUCUUUUUUCAA